UUAACUGUGUUUAAAACAAAAAGUUUUGUUCCUAUUAAUUUCGUUAUUGUUGCUAUGAUAAUAAAACAGUUGUUUGCCCAUCACGUGACGAUGACAUUGUGUAGUAGAGAAAAAUAGGAUACCUAAACCGUUUUGUGCAGACUGCGAAUCUACUUGUGUAAAGCAGAUUGUGAAUUGGUUACUAUUGUCAGUGAAUGCACACCAUGUAAAACGCUAUUCUUUUCUUGACGUUCCAAAAGAGGCAGAAACAAUUGUAUUUGUGUUUCGUGAAAAAACGCGGUAAAGUGGCUAGCUGCUGUCGUCGUCGUUCGUUGGUCAUUCAAACAUUGUCUCAAGCGAUUCGAACGUUGCUGGCAGCCACUCCUGGAUUCGCGUGUGUUUGAAAUAUAGGUACCUGUACACAAUUGGUUUUGUAUAAACUCCAAACGCUCAAGCAUGUAAUUGAACGAUAUUUAUCUCGGAAAAACGCGAAAAAGUUGAGAAUAAAGUGUUAGCACAGAAGUGGUGUUAAUAGUACUUGUACAAGUUCAUAAUACAGACAGGCAGUAGGUUAACACAAAAACGUAAACAAACAAAGGGCGGAUAUUUGGCACACCCGCUCACACCAUGUCGUGUGGGAAAUUCGCCCCUUUUCCCAGGCUAAUAUGCCGCAACCUAUUGCUACUCGCAUUGCUGGCACUGCAUGACAGUCAUACCCUUGCUAUCGAAGCCAAUGCCAGCCAAGGCAUCGUCGGCAGCGAAGUGCCCGAGGAGCCACUGACCUUGACCAUCCUGCACUGCUGUCCAGAGGGCAUGGACUUGGACGAGCAGCGAGCACGAGAUCACGGCAACGAGCCAGUCAUGGCACAGUGCAUCCUGAGCUCCGAGGUGCACCAGCCACUGAUCUACUCGCCAAGUACCCGUGGCUUCCUCCACCAGUAUCCGGACGACUGGAGGACGGUCCAUGGCCGGCUGCCCGAGUGCUCCGAGGAUCAGGUGAUCCGGUACGUACCUCAGAGCCAGCAUAGCGCGUACGUGCUCUUCGACGACGGCAACGUGGCUCUCGAAGGUGGCAUUGGUACGAUAUUCAGGCCCGAGGAGUAUUGCUUUGGCACCAAGUCGCUGCUCGCCUGCAUGCCCAGGAGAGAGGAGGGCAGACAGGAUGCCGUGACAAUGCUGCCCAAGAUGCUCAAGUGCUGUGGUCCCAGUGCUGUUUAUGUCGGUAACGCCUGCAAAGAAAUAGAUGCCGAGGCUAUGCUGCUACACGAGGAAGAGAACAUGCUCCUUGCACCCAAAUUUAUGGACGUAGUGGAAAUCGGGACUGGUUUUCCGUCCUGCUCCAACUCCGACAACUUAACGAUUUUCAGCGACUAUGAAAAAGCGGAUCUUCAAGCUGAUGCCAGUAUACUCAUCGAUGGGCAGAUAUUGCCAGCCGAAGAGUUUUGCGUCGAGCGUAUCGAGGAUGUGGACAGCAAAAGUUUGGCCCUAAAAAUCUUUACCUGCUCUGAACACGCAAAUAAAGAAGGCCGUCGACUCCUCCAACCUGAGUAUGUGUNGCCAGCCGAAGAGUUUUGCGUCGAGCGUAUCGAGGAUGUGGACAGCAAAAGUUUGGCCCUAAAAAUCUUCACCUGCUCUGAACACGCAAAUAAAGAAGCCAAGCGAGACAUACGCUUCACCCUCUACCCGAUGGGCUUCAUAAUAAGCGCAAUAUUCUUGGCCGCGACUUUGGCAUCCGGCUGGUUGUUGCCCGCCUCUCAUCACGUUCUCCACUGGCGCUGCCAGACGUACCACGUUGCCUGCCUCAUGCUCGGAGAUAUCUCCAUGGCCGUCAUACAGCUGACCGGGAAUUCCCUCCAGGGCGAGUGGUGCACCUCUGUCGCGAUUAUAGCGCAGUUCUUCUUCCUGGCAUCGUUCUUUUGGCUCAACACAAUGUGCUUCAACAUCUGGUGGACCUUCAGGGACUUGAGACCAGCGAGUCUGGAGAAAGGCCAGGAACUACUAAGGCUAAAGUUCUACUCAGCAUACGCCUGGGGCGGGCCGCUCAUCAUUUCCGGUCUGGCAGCCUUAAUCGAUCAUCUGCCCUAUACACCAGAACAGACCUUCCUCAAGCCACGUUUCGGCGAAAAACGAUGCUGGUUCUAUGGUGACAUGGAGAUGCUGACCUACUUCUUCGGACCGAUUGGCCUACUCCUUGCAAUAAAUCUUCUAUUUUUCUCGGCAACCGCCCGCGAGUUGACGUGCGGCCUCUGGAAAGGCGAAUUCGUAAAAAGCACCACUGAAAGAUCGCGUGCCAUACCGAGAACAAAUGAAAAACCAAGACAGCACACCAGUCGUAGAGCCGCGCUGAGCAAGGUCUGCCUGAAGCUCGUGGUGGUGAUGGGCGUGCCGUGGAUCUUUGAUGUGGUGUCGUGGCUGGCCGGUGGUCCAGCCUUCCUCUGGUACCUGACCGACGUGCUAAAUGCUGCCCAGGGCGUCCUCAUCUUCAUCGUCGUGGGCUGCCAGCCUCAAGUGCGCGCAGCCCUCAAGCGGAUCUGGUCAUGCAAUCCUCGUGCCAACGCUAGCCGUCAAGGAAACGGGCUGAGCACCACCAGCCACGGGAUGCCCAGUAUGGGCGACAGCGUCACUCAGAACCCCAGCACCAAGACUGCACCGCUCGAAACUAUCUGCUGAACUGGGAUGCGUGGAACCACACAUUGGCGCAUCGUUGAUUCGUCGAUUUGUUUGUUAUUUCAGAAGAUGCAAGUCGAUGGUAAAGCUGUGAUGGUUAUAGUGAGCUGUGAUUUUUAAGUAUUUCUACUUGCAAUCGUACAUAUGGGAGACAAAACUUUCUUUUUGCUCGCGAAGAAAUCGUUUUUGUAUGUGCAGUAGAACCACCGAUUCGUUGUGAUUCCAUAGUGAGAGUCGACAAUUUUUCCGAUCCGUAAGCUGUACUGUGUAGUACAGUUUGAUCGAUCGCCGUACGUUGUCGAUUCUUCUGAGGAGCAAAUAAAUGGAGAUCAUAUGAACGGAUGAGGGUUACUUUGCGCGUCAGAUCGUAAAAUGACGUAAAAAAUCGAGGGGGAAGAUGGAGAUGACGAUGCUCUUGCAAAGUUGAUACACGUCACGCGACUACCCUUUUUUUACGGUGGAUGAAGCGUGAAAUGGAGUAGGGAAGAUUUUUGUCUCUAUUUUACUGUAAAAUGGAUGAGUGGGUGUUCUGAUCUGAAAGACUGAUGCGCCUCGUGGAUAAAGUGUAAAGCUUUUUUAUGAAAAAGUGAGUUUUCUAUGUUUACCUGCAACUGAUUCUCCGUACGAACGAAAAAAGACUGUACGCUACCAGUGGUUGGUUUCAAUCUUGGGCGACGUUCAGAGACGUAUUUAUAAGUUGAAUUUGUUACGAAAUAUUUAUAGUUUGGAUUUGAAACAAUUCACUGAAUAUUUUUAAAGUA